GUACUUACCGUGUGCUCUAAGGAACGGCUCAUGUCGUGUUAAACAGGGAAAGACGCAAGCGAAGGCGGCACACUCAAGAGGACUUUUACCAGAGGAAGCUAUCGGGAGAGUUUAAGAGCUUCCAUCCGGCAGCGCUCCAAGUCUCAGAUUUCCCUUGUGGCACAUGAACCUUCACUGGCUAUGGCUGAUUACAAACCUACUUACGAAGACAGCAAGGACAAGGACCCGCUUGUGGAAGAGGUUGAACCUGCCCCGGUUAGAAGGAUUCUGAAAUUUAACCUCCCAGAAUGGCACUACAUGCUACUAGGAGCUCUGGGUGCAGCUGUCAACGGGGCUAUCACACCCAUCUACAGCUUUUUAUUCAGUCAGAUCCUCGGGACUUUUUCACUGCCUGAUAAAGAGGAACAAAAGUCAGAGAUUUACAACAUGUGCUUAUUUUUUGUCAUCCUGGGCUGUGUAUCCAUUGUCACACAGUUUCUGCAGAGUUACACUUUUGCCAAAUCUGGGGAGCUCCUGACAAAGAGGCUGCGGAAAUUUGGUUUCCAGGCAAUGUUAGGACAAGACAUUGGCUGGUUUGAUGACCUGAGAAAUAGCCCUGGAGUGUUGACAACCAGGCUUGCUACAGAUGCCUCCCAAGUUCAAGGGGCUGCCGGCUCUCAAGUUGGGGUGAUGGUCAAUUCCUUCAGUAACAUCGUUGUGGCCAUAAUCAUUGCCUUCUACUUUAGCUGGAAGCUCAGUCUGGUUGUAUCAUGCUUCUUCCCCUUCUUGGCUUUCUCAGUAGCCUUACAGUCAAAAAUGUUGACAGGAUUUGCAUCUCAAGACAAGCAAGCUCUGGAGAAGGCUGGCCAGAUCACCAGUGAAGCCCUUAACAGCAUCCGCACAGUCGCUGGAAUGGGAGUGGAGAGGAGAUUUAUCAAAGCGUUUGAGGCUGAGCUGGAAAUGUCAUACAAGACAGCUGUUAGGAAGUCAAAUAUCUAUGGAUUCUGCUACUCGGUUUCCCAGGCGUUAGCAUUUCUUGCAAAUGCUUCUGCCUAUAGAUAUGGAGGUUAUUUAGUAGUCCUGGAAGGGCUGCAUUUCAGCUAUCUUUUCAGGGUGGUCUCUUCAGUCAUCAUGAGUGCAACAGCUAUCGGGAGAGCAUUCUCUUAUACCCCAAGCUACGCCAAAGCUAAAAUAUCUGCUGCACGCUUUUUUCAACUGCUGGACCGAAAACCUCCGAUUAAUGUAUACAGUGGAGCAGGUGAAAAAUGGGACAACUUCCAAGGGAAGGUUGAAUUCAUUGACUGUAACUUUACAUAUCCUUCUCGACCUGAUAUCCAAGUUCUGAAUGGUCUCUCAGUGUCUGUGGACCCAGGGCAGACUCUGGCGUUUGUUGGAAGCAGUGGGUGCGGCAAGAGCACCAGCAUUCAGCUGUUGGAAAGGUUCUAUGAUCCUGAUCAGGGGAAGGUGAUGAUAGAUGGUCACGACAGCAAAAAAGUCAACGUUCAGUUCCUCCGUUCAAACAUUGGAAUUGUUUCCCAGGAGCCAGUGUUGUUUGACUGUAGCAUAAUGGACAACAUCAAGUAUGGGGACAAUACCAAAGAGAUCUCCAUGGAGAGAGUCGUAGCUGCCGCAAAGCAGGCUCAGCUGCACGACUUCAUCAUGUCACUCCCGGAGAAAUAUGAAACUACUGUUGGGAUCCAGGGCUCUAGACUCUCUAGAGGGGAGAAACAACGCAUUGCUAUUGCUCGGGCCAUCGUACGAGAUCCUAAAAUCUUGCUACUAGAUGAAGCCACAUCUGCCUUAGACACAGAAAGUGAAAAGACAGUGCAGAUCGCUCUGGACAAAGCCAGAGAGGGCCGGACCUGUAUUGUCAUUGCCCAUCGCCUGUCUACCAUCCAGAACUCAGACAUCAUUGCUGUCAUGUCUCAAGGAGUAGUGAUUGAAAAGGGGAACCAUGAAGAACUGAUGGCGCAGAAGGGAGCCUACUAUAAGCUGGUCAUCACUGGAGCCCCCAUCAGUUGACCUGACUGGAGACCCUCAUACACAGAUCACGGUGCAUCAAGUACAGGAGGGCUGCGUGUUGUUGUAGCUAUACAGAGAAGUAUUAAUGCUUUGCAGACAUAGUCAUCCACUGGAAUCCAAGCUAAUUUUGAGUGACCUUCCGUAAUAAUUUCAGUUUGAAAUGUCUAUGUAGAAAGGAGAGAACCCAGCGCCAGUGUGAAUGAAAGGUCCGAGCUCAAGCAGCUGCUUACUCACCAUCCAGUGCUGUUCUGGGUAGGAGCUGAUUGCUGUCACCAUCUAGGACUUGGUGAGAGGGCACAGAGUUCCCUGUAGGAUAGACAGCUAUCUUUUGCGUUUGUGAAAGCUCCUGGUACACUGAGCCUGCUCUGUAAUUUGCACUCAACUGUUUUUCGAGCCAGAUCAAGGUCAAGAGCUAAGGACGGAAGGCUCCUGGCACUUCUGCUUUUCAUUCCCUGCCUGGUGCCUAUUGCCUGAUGUCCCUUGCUCCUAUGAAAUCCUGUCCAUGGAAUGAAAAUGCAUCAGCUUCCUAAAGUUGUCACAUAAAAAUCUAGUAAAAAAAUAGUAGAAAAACAUUUAAGUUUGUCAUUUCCUUCAGAAUGCCACUAAACAACACUUCUUAUGGUAUCAAAGAAGGCAAGUAGUCUCAGGAAUAAAGAAAAUUUCAAAAUGAUGGCAGGAAAAAAUGUGCGAGCUAAAUAUGUGACAACGGAUUUCCAAGACGAAAGAAAAUCAACAUAUAAUUUGUUAGUCAGGCAAAGCCUGCAGGCUUCCCAUGUCCUCCCAAGUACCCCUCCCACGGCUAGGACACAAAAGCCUCAGGGGCCUUCUGGAAAGAGGAGGCAGAGGGAUAGAUGAGCCCCAAGUUAGAAGGGGCUGAAAACCUGUGUACAUUUUGUGGGUGUGCAGCCCGCUCCUGCAGCAGGCUGGCAGCACUUCCCCAGUCCCAGAAGCCUAGUUCCUGCUGCUCUUGCUCACAGGCAGGUUGGAGUGUAGAGACACAAAACACAGCUGAAGGGGUGAGCCGUACACAAGAGAGGAAGAACCAGUGUGAGACUAUGGUCUGAUGGCUAGGGAGAUAUCAAGGAAAUUUUCCCAGCCACGCACAUCACCCUACAGCUCAACAACAUGUAUCCAGUCAAUCUGCUCUAUGAAAAAUGUACACAUACACACGUUGUAAGAAUUUGGGCUAUUAACAGUUAUUAUUAAUGCCUAUUAUUACUACACUGGUUAUUAUUUAACCUGAUGCCAUAUCAAUAAAAGACUCCGGCACCUCUUAGAUUUUAAUACGCCUAUGCACUGUAGCUGGGCAGAUAUAAACCCCUAAUUCACCUUGUUACCUCCCAGCCCACAUCCCAUGCCGAUUGCUCUAAUAAUUCCUAGCUGGGCUGCUUCCCAUCCAGUAUCCCAUAAACGCUUGCACGUGUCUCUCAUCUGGGAUUGCUUCUCUCCAUCACCGAUCCUCAGAUCAGGCUCCUCCCAGCCACGUGCUGUUUUUUUCACGAUAACCCAUGGUUGCGCUGCCUCCUCCUCUCCUCUCCGUCUCUCUCUCAUCUCCCCUUCCUGUGAUCCUUCUGUCCUCCAAGCCCUCAAACCUUAGCUGUGCCUCCUCGCUUCUGAUCUGCCUGGGUAUGUAGGCAACUUUAUUCAGCUAAUCAGAGAGAAUUUGAGAGGCAAACUUCACAACCAUCAUUUCAGAUAUGUGAUAGUCUGCUUGUAGAACAGUAAGAAUCUCAGGGGGGCAAGCAAUUAACAUCUGAAUACAAAGCACCAGGCCAUGCUGUAACACACACACACACACACACACAAAAAAGCACUAAAUACACACAAAAACUCUCACGAUAAAAGAAAUUUUAAUAGUUGAGUAUCAGAAUAGCUUAGGGCCUGGUUCCCAUGGGCCAUACUGUCAUCUCAACAUCUUCCACUUAUUCCAUCUUCCUUCCAAGUUCAUCCUGCUCAUAACUUUGUCUUCGCAAGCCCAAUAAAUGAAUAACUGCCAACA